GUCACGAAUCUUAUCUUUAAAGUGUAGUGCAACGAGCACACAAUAGCGUGUAAUUCAAGGAAGGACUGGCCCGUAGGUUUUUCCACAGGGUUUUUCACAACCUCGUCAGGGCAACUUGUAUCUUUUCUGACCCCGGGACGGCCGACUUCUGGAUUGCCGGAAUUUAUGCUUUCACUUUCGAAAAAACAAAACAAAAUGGUUGAUUUUAUUUUCUUGUUUUGAAAAGUUUUAGCACAGUUCUUUCAGAGAUGGAUUUAAUAGAAAAAUACGAAAGAAAAGAAAGCUAUUAUGAUGUACUUGGAUGUACAGAAACAUCGACUUUGGCUCAAAUAACCACAGAGUUUCGAAUCUUGGCGAAAAAGUGUCAUCCCGAUAAAAAUAGCAACGAUAAUGAUGAUGUGACUAAUGAAAAAGAUUUUGAAAAAUUACAACAUGCUUAUGAAGUCUUAAAAUCUGAGGAAUCUCGUAAACAAUAUGAUACAUGGCUGCAUUCUGGGUUGUGUAUCCCUUUUGAAAGUUGGAACAAAAUGAGUGAACAGUCCCAUGUAUCAAUGCACUGGGGAAGAAAGAAAAAAGAGCUUGCAAUUGAAAGUGCUGAUAAAAAAGAUGAUUUGACGAGUGCAUCAAAUCAGAAAUCAACGAAAACAACACAUAAUGAGAACACAGAUGUUUCGACGGCUAACGUUCAAAGGAAUUUUAAAAGACAUCAAUUUGAUAACACUAGUGGGCGGAAUAAGUUUAGAAAAUACCAGUUAUAAUUGUGUAUAUACAUUUAUCAUUUGUAUUGUAAAUAUGUAAUUAAUGCAAGGAGGCAAAAGUUUCUGUAAAUUUCACCCUCUUGCCAUGUUUGUUUUGAAAGACGUUACGCGCUUAGAAAAGGCGGGAAACUUUUUAAUGGAAACAUUGUUGUGUUACAUUAGUGUUUUAUCAGAAACUGUACAUAAAGUGAGUGAAAGCUGUAAAUUGUAUUUUAACAACAGCACCCUAACCACUUAAACGAACUCGGUAGCAUCAUUCGGUAUUUUAUAAAUAGUAUAUGAUAGAUUAGAUUUUGUUUGAUAUGGAACAGGUUAUAUCGCGAACUGCUAGUUCGAGCCUUCAGGCUGGGCCGAUGUCAGCAGUGAGUGGUACGCUCGGGGGCACUGUGUAAUUUCUUUAUAAAGAACAAGGAUUCGUCGCAAUAAAUAUGAUGUUUUUCCCGUAUCUAACAUUCAACUGCAAAAAGGCACGUUAACAUUGGAGGCACUGCCCGGAUGUCCUGUUAUGAAUUGCUAAAGCCGAAAGACGAAAUUUGUAUGGGUGGCACCUAAUGCUAGAAGACGAAAUAUUGAUGCAAUAAAUUAUGAGUUUGUCGACCUUCACUGAUAGUUAAGAAACACGUUUUGGGUAACAUUAAAUACUUAAUUCUUUUAGCCGUUCCGAGGCAUAUAUCGCAGAAUUAGCCGUCCCGAGGCAAUAUCGGAGAAUUAGCCGUCCCGAGGCAUAUAUCGAGGAAUUAGUCGUCCCAAGACCGAUGUCGGAGAAUUAGCCGCCCCGAGGAAUAUAUUGAAGAAUCAAAUUAACUAUCCUGUAGUGCUCAGAAAUUAUUUCCUAGAUGUUAAGUGAUAACAAUGGCAAGGUACAGAUAUUGUUGAAAUUUUGAUAUGAAGCUGGAAGUAAAAAUCAUUAUGACAGAAAGCUGAUGAUAAACGACAUUGAAACAUUUUUUUCAAAGAGAUAAAAGCCAUAAGACAUGGGGAUAAACCCGUAAUGUGGUUAAUGAAAAAAAAAGAAUGUUGUUUAUAGACUUCAGAUUUUUUGGACGUUUUUUUAUGGGAGCCUCGGUACAGACUCUUGGUACAAAAAAGGUAACGUUUUUUUUAUAUUAUUUAUUUGGCAAUUGUAUAUAUGUAUUUAGGAGUAAUACAACGUAACUUUAA